AAGAGAAUACAGCACAAAUCAUUGAUGGCUUGGGUACGAAGGUAACCGAAGCCGACACCCAACACGAUUCCAUCUUUUGUUCUUUGUCUUCGUCAAUUCCGCAUCGUUCCCGAUAGGGUCGGACAGAAUUGACGGUUGAGGAGAUGGGGAGGAUGAUCCGGAGCUGCCUGCAGUCGGCGCUGAAGCUGGUGAACUCGGUGGCGGGAUUUGUUGGGGUAGGGUUGAUCCUCUACUCCCUUUGGAUGAUCAGGGUCUGGUACCGGCAAGCCCAUGCCUUCCCCACCGCCGACUCGUGGUUCAUAUACACUUCUCUUGGACUAGGAGUUUCUUUUUGCUUGAUAGCAUUUUCUGGUCAUAUUGCCGCGGAAACAGCUAAUGGUCAUUGCCUUUCUUGUUAUAUGGUUUUAGUUUUCUUGCUUGUCAUACUGGAGGCUGCAAUAACUGCAGAUGUAAUUCUGAACAGAGAUUGGGAAGAGGAUUUUCCAGAGGAUACAACUGGGAGAUUUAAUGGGUUAAAGGAUUUCAUCAGAUCAAACUUUGAGUUGUGCAAAUGGAUAGGUUUGGUUAUUGUGGUUGCACAGGCAAUGUCUCUCUUUGUGGCCAUGAUUCUCAGGGCUCUUGGUCCAUACCAUGGGAACUGCUACGAUAGCGAUGAUGAAUAUUUAUCUGCAAGGCUUCCUCUCUUACGGAACCAGGUUCAACAUACACAAUAUGUUGGUGAUCCUAGUGUUCAAUGCCGAAAGUGAUUCCCUGAAAGCUUGAAGUCACGAGUCUUCAGAAGUAUAGUGUCGUUGAGUUCCAGUUGUGACAAAUGGGGACGUGUGGCCUGUAAAUAAUUCGAACAAUGAUGCUUGAUUAAGUUAUUUAUUUGUGUCAUAAUUGCCAUAUACUCCUUUCUUAAUACGUAGUUCCAUUAGGGUCCUGUUUGUCAUGUACAACAUUGUUUGCUAUGCCCGUAAUGACUUUCCAGUUGAUUA